AUGUCCACCUUGUGUUCUGUGACAGCCUCUUACACUGACGAUGUUCCUCCACCUAGUCCUGUUCUGUAUCAACCUCUCGUACUGACAAUGUUCCUCCACCUAGUCCUGUUCUGUCGACCUCUCGUACUGACGAUGUUCCUUCACAUAGUCCUGUUCUGUCAACCUCUCCUACUGACGAUGUUUCUCCACCUAGUCCUGUUCUGUCGACCUCUCGUUCUGACAAUGUUCCUCCACCUAGUCCUGUUCUGUCAACCUCUAGUACUGAUGAUGUGCCUCCACCUAGUCCUGUUCUGUCGACCUCUCCUACUGACAAUGUUCCUCCACCUAGUCCUGUUCUGUCAACCUCUAGUACUGACGAUGUGCCUCCACCUAGUCCUGUUCUGUCGACCUCUCGUUCUGACGAUGUUCCUUCGCCUAGUCCUGUUCUGUCAACCUCUAGUACUGACGAUGCUUUUUUCAUCUAGUCCUGUUCUGUCGACCUCUCGUACUGACGAUGUUCCUUCACCUAGUCCUUUUCUGUCACCCUCUCGUACUGACGAUGUUUUUCAACCUAGUCCUACUCUGUCAACCUCUCCUACUGACGAUGUUCCUCCAUCUAGUCCUGUUCUGUCGACCUCUCGUACUGACGAUGUUCCUUCACCUAGUCCUGUUCUGUCAACCUUUCCUACUGACGAUGUUUCUCCACCUAGUCCUGUUCUGUCGACCUCUCGUACUGACGAUGUUUCUCCACCUAGUCCUGUUUUGUCGACCUCUCGUACUGACGAUGUUUCUCCACCUAGUCCUGUUCUGUCAACCUCUCCUACUGACGAUGUCUCUCCACCUAGUCCUGUUUUGUCGACCUCUCGUACUGACGAUGUUUCUCCACCUAGUCCUGUUCUGUCAACCUGUCCUACUGACGAUGUUUCUCCACCUAGUCCUGUUCUGUCGACCUCUCGUUCUGACAAUGUUCCUCCACCUAGUCCUGUUCUGUCGACCUCUAGAACUGACAAUGUUCCUCCACCUAGUCCUGUUCUGUAUCAACCUCUCGUACUGACGAUGUUCCUACACCUAGUCCUGUUCUGUCAACCUCUCCUACUGACGAUGUUCCUUCCCCUAGUCCUGUUCUGUCAACCUCUAGUACUGACGAUGCUUUUUUCAUCUAGUCCUGUUCUGUCGACCUCUCGUACUGACGAUGUUCCUUCACCUAGUCCUGUUCUGUCAACCUCUCCUACUGAAAAUGUUCCUCCACCUAGUCCUGUUCUGUCAACCUGUCCUACUGACGAUGUUCCUUCACCUUGUCCUGUUCUGUCAACCUCUCCUACUGACGAUGUGUCUCCAUCUAGUCCUGUUCUGUCAACCUCUCGUACUGACGAUGUUUUUCAACCUAGUCCUACUCUGUCAACCUCUCCUACUGACGAUGUUCCUUCACCUAGUCCUGUUCUGUCAACCUCUCGUACUGAAAAUGUUCCUACACCUAGUCCUGUUCUGUCAACCUCUCCUACUGACGAUGUUUCUCCACCUAGUCCUGUUCUGUCGACCUCUCGUACAGACGAUGUUUCUUCACCUAGUCCUGUUCGGUCGACCUCUCGUACUGACCAUGUUCCUCCGACUAGUCCUGUUCUGUCGACCUCUCGUACUGACGAUGUUCCUUCACAUAGUCCUGUUCUGUCAACCUCUCCUACUGACGAUGUUUCUCUACCUAGUCCUGUUCUGUCGACCUCUAGUACUGACGAUGCUUUUAUCACCUAG